AUGAAUAAAACUAAAAUAUUUAGUGAUGAAGUAGUAAAUGAUUAUUUGAAUUUAUAUGAAUCUAAUGAUGAAAGUAGUGAUACAAUCAUCAAUGUAGAUAAAGAACCAAACAUAGAAAAGUUAUAUGCUCAUUCAGUGAUUUUACGUACAAGAUCAGUAUAUUUUUCAAAAGCUUUAUCUAAAGAAUGGGUUAAAAAACAAGAUGGUUACUUUAUUUUAUCACAACCUAACAUAAAUGUUUUAAUAUUUAAAAUUAUUCUUAAAUAUCUAUAUUGUGGAAUAUUAGAUUUUGAAAAUUUAGAUAUUGAUAUUGAUUUAAUAGAAUUACAAUCUUGUAAAAUAUUAAAUUUUGUUAAUAAUAAUCCAUCUUUUACAAUAAUUAAAUUAAAUCUUUUAGAAAUUAUUUGCAAAUAUCCAAUAAUCUUAUUUGAUCAUAAUGAAUUUCUUGAUUUGAAUAAAGAUGAUUUAAAAUUAAUUAUUGAACAUGAUGAUCUUGAUAUGAAAGAGAAUGAUAUUUUUAAUUAUAUAAUUAAAUGGGGUAUUGGUAAAGAUGAAAAAAUUUUAAAAGAUUUAAUUAAUUAUAUUAGAUUUUAUCAAUUUUCUCUUAAUGAAUUUGCUGAAAUAAUAUGGAAAUAUAAAAAUCUUUUAUUGGAUGAAUUAAUCAAAGAUGUAUUAAAUUGUAAUUCAAAUCUAAAUUUAAAACCAAUGUAUGAUAUAUCAUUAAUUAGAUGGGGAAAUUUUACUAUUAAAUCAAAUUUAAUUAAUCGAGAAAUUGCUUUAUUAUUAACAAAAUUAAUAGAAAAAAUAGAUAUAAAAGAUGAUAACUCAAAAGGAUUAAAAUAUAAAUUUACUUCUUUAUAUAAUAGUUGUGAUAAUGGAUACUCACCACAAAUAUUUCAUUCUAAAUAUGAUAAUCAAGGUGCAACAAUAAUAGUAUGUAAAAUUAAAAAUACAUCUCUUAUUACAGGUGGUUAUAAUCCACUUGAAUGGAAUAGAAUUAAACAAUAUAAAGAAACAUCAGAUAGUUUUUUAUUCGUAAUUGAUUAUAAAGAUUUAAAAAAAUAUGUAGUAACAUAUAUUAAUUCUGAUCAUAUUAAAUAUGCAGUUUAUUGUGAUAAUAACUGUAAUCCAACUUUUGGUAAAUCUGAUUUUCAUAUCACAAAAGAUGGUUGUUUAAAAUAUAAAGCAAAAUCUUAUAAUAAAAUAAUAAAUAGUCAUACUCUUAGUUUAGAUAGUUAUGAUAUUUUUAAAAUUGAAAACAUUACAAGACCUAUUAUUCUCUGGGCUCAUGCAAGAUCACUUUCAACUGUUUUUGAAAGACCUUUUCUUAAUUUUCCAAAAGAAUUUCAUGUUAUGCAUGAAACAUUUGUUCCAAUUAAUCAUGUAUAUAUAACAAAUGAUUUUAAUUUCUUGAAUAAUAUUUCUACACCAAAGGCAUAUGAUUAA